CAAGAUGGCUUCCUAUUCACAGGUUGAUGUCGAUGGCUAUCCCGCAUUUCAGUUAGGAGGAUCACGCUUCGACCAGUCAACUGUUCUAGGUCGAUACAGACAUUUUCUUGACGUUGUAGAUCCCCGAACCUUAUUCACAAGCAAGACGCAACUACAGAAUUCAAUACAAUUGUUAGAAGAUUACAAAAGUGGGACCCUGUCCUCAGACACAACAAACAGACAACUAUGGCAAGCACAGAAAGUCAAACAGGCUAUUAUUCAUCCGGACACUGGUGAGAAAAUAUUAAUGCCUUUUAGAAUGUCGGGUUUUGUCCCAUUUGGUGCUCCAAUUGUAGUUGGUUUACUUCUUCCAAAUCUUACUCUCAAGGCAACUGUAUUUUGGCAGUGGUUGAAUCAAAGUCAUAAUGCCUGCGUUAAUUAUUCAAAUAGAAAUGCAACAAAGCCAACCCCGAUGAGUAAAUUUCUUGGAGGAUAUCUGGGUGCUAUUACCAGUGCAUGUUCCAUAGCAGUGGGAUUGACUGUCUUGGUCGGCAAAGCACAGAAGUUUAGUCCAGCAACAAAGAUGAUAAUACAGAAGUUUGUGCCUUUCCCUGCAGUUGCGACUGCUAGUGUGUGCAAUGUUGUAUUAAUGAGAAUUAGUGAACUAGGAGAAGGAAUUGAAGUCAGCGAUGAAGACGGCAAUGUGGUUGGAUGCUCCAAAAUUGCUGCAAAACGUGCCUUACAAGAAACAGCCAUGACCCGUGCAGUAUUACCAGCUCCUAUACUCAUACUACCACCCAUUAUUAUGACACUGUUUGAAAGGACUAACUUUGUGAAGACAAGACCUAAGGUACAUCUUCCCCUACAAGCUACGGUUUGCACGCUGUCAUUUGCGUUUGCUCUGCCACUUGCACUGAGUUUAUUUCCACAAUUUUCUAAG